AUGGCAGAAAGAGAGAAGAAGAAGAAGAAUGCAGCCGUCUAUCGCAGUGUUUCUUUUAAAAAGUUGGGGUCCUGGAGCACUAACAGGAGUGAAAACCAGCGGCACAAAUCAGAGGAUUUGGAGGCAGCUGGCGUCGCCCUUCCCCCGGAGCCCAGCAAAGCAGAACAAUCCUUGGCGACGCGUAAUGUCAGUGUGUCAAGAAAAGUUUCCAAAAUCACUGCCACCACCGCCAGCCUCCCAACCGCAGAUUCCAAGCGAGGCUCCUCCACUCCUCUCUCUUCUAUUUCUCCAUCCAUCCGCCAGCUCACUGAGAAAUUCAAAAGCUCCUCCAGGACGCCCAGAGCCUCACCGGGAGACGGCGCAGCAGUGACGCGGGGGAGCAGCACUCUUCCCCGGGACAGGGGCUACACCGACCCGUCUCCAUCUCGUUUAUCGUGGAACGAGGAAAUCAGUGGUGUGUGUUUCCGGGAUAGUGACACUACUUCUACUAAAGAUUUCCCUUCAGACAAUAAGGUGCAAAGGUUUCUCUCCGGCACAGACUCUGUGUCAGGCUCGGACACAGAGAAGAAAAGGGAGAAGCGGAUUUUUACACGUUUAUCAUCGGACAGCAGCAGCAACUCUGGUAAGAGAGACUAUUCACAGAUCAAUCCAUGUCCCUCUGAUUGUAAAAAGAGUUUGACUACAGAUGAGGUAGAGGAGUUUAUUAUCAGAGGGGCUCCUCCACCCUGUAAAUCUCACAGAAGUUAUCUUUCUACACACCAUAGUGAUUUUGUUCCCCUGCACUCAGACAAGUGGCCCAGUGUCACCAAAAUCAGGCAAAUAUUUGAUGAGAGACAAAGCACAUCUAAGCAGCGGUGCAAGACUGACACUUGUGUGAAUUUAAAAGCUGCAGACAGAGGCUCUCUACAACAGCUCAGCCCCAGUGAGAGCGCUGCUCUCUCGGAUAGAGGUGACAAACUCUCACCUUGCAGCUCUGCCAAUGAAGCCAGUACCCUGUCUUUGCAUGAAAAAUGCAUAGUGGGGGCACAAAGCAAAGAAAACAGUGCUGCUAAACAAGCUUUGUGUCACGAUAUGGACUUUUAUGCCAAAACUGACCAGCAGCAUUUCUCAAAUGAUGAAGAAGUGGACAUAGAGACACAGCGUUUGAAAAAGGAAACAGUUAGUGUAAAAAAUACUUUUCCUAGCAGCAGGAGCAACAGUAGCAGUCACAAUUGCUCGGGGGGUUGCCACUACCAAAGGAUUAGACCAACUCCAUACAGAUCUCAUAGUCCCAGCACUGAAUCAGAGGCUGCCCAUGAGACCCACAGGACAACAGUUUUGACAUCUGACCCCGGCCCUGACCUUCAGCCCCCUGCUACUUCGUCUUUGAGUCGAUCCCUGAGCUUGGACACCUCCUCCUGCUCCUCCUCUCGUCAGCAGCCGACAGUGAGGGAGAGAAAGGAUAGACAGGGGGUCGGGCUGCCCAGGGAUAGUUUACAUUCCUCACAUAGCUCCUCUAGAGCGCCAGCCCCCACCACCUCCUCCUCCUCCCCCCCCUCUUCUGCUCCAGCUUCAGAUAAAGCCAUUACCUCCUCCUUUACUGUAGCUCCCUCCACUGAGCUAAGAGCCCCAACAAGAGUUGUCUCUCCUCUCAGCUCCCGCUGGAGGUUCAGCUCUGGAGACGAAGAGGAAGAGCACACCAGGAGAAGAAGAGGAGGUGGAGGGGGCAGUUGGAGUGGUCCUUCUGGCCUGGUUCCUUCCAUCUCCUGCAGACCAGGAGAAAGGGGUGCCACAGAGCGAGGAGGCAGCUAUUUAUCCCGCACAAAAAAUGGCUGGUGGGGUGCAAAGGGCAUUGGUAGGUCUUCAGGCAGCGAGGAGGACAGUCCUGGUUCUUUAGGCCCCCACAGUCGAGAGGCAGUGCGUCGCCGCUCUCUGAGAAAGAAGAAGAAGGUCAUUGGCGCUCUCGCAACAAGCCAUGAUGAUUAUGAUGAUCAUGAUGGCGAAUCAGAAGACAGUGACAGUGACACAGCCUUGACAAUGGAGCACUUACAGAGGCGCCAUCAGCAAAACACUGGAGGAGAAUCGAUGGCAACAGUGUCUCGGAGCCACUCUGCAAGACUACCCAGCAGUCCCAGUAACAGAGCCAGGGUGCAGCAAUGGGAGCGCAUCAUGUCACCAACUUGCAAGACACUUCCUGGUGUAUCACGAGUGUCAAAGGUCAAUAUCCUCCCAUUUGCGUCUAGCCCUGCUGGUUCACGAUGUAGCAGCAGAUACUCCAGCACUGAGACACUGAAGGAGGAGGACCAGACCAGCAGCACCAACCCCGCAUCAAAUAUGAUGGUAAAUAUGGGUGUGACAGGAGGAGGCACGAGCAGGACUGCAUCCUCAUCCAUGCUGAGUAAAACCUACCAUGGGAAUUUCACUAUGUAUCGCUCCCCAAGCUUUGGCCAUGGGGAUAACUUUUCCCGAACCCCUUUGCGGGGGCGACCCAAGAUUGUCACACCCUUAUCUAGUGUGCUUGGCAGAGAUAGUGUCGUAUCUGCAGGGGUAAGAGUUGGAGAGAGCGUGGAAUUAAAGAGGACAACAGAUGGGGGUAUAGUAGAUGAAAAAGGUAAUAACCAAAUCCACAUGUCCAACCCAGAUAUCACAUCAGAAACUAUGUCACUGCUAAGUUUCCUGAAAUCUGAUCUGUCAGAGCUUAAGGUAAGGAAAACGAGUGGCGACAAAUCGGGGGUCAUGGAGGGGUCAUCGGUGUACAGGAUGGGGUCUAGGACUCAUGGCGGUACCGUUCUACCUUCUGGCCAACGUCCAUCCCUGAAAGACCUCACUGCCACUCUGCGGCGUGCAAAAUCCUUCACUUAUCCUGACAAACCCAUAACAUCCGGGAAGGGUUCCUUGACUGGUGGCCCCACAAAGAGGAGCUUCUCUGACCAGCAGCUUGACCUGGAUGGAGAGAGGGAUGGAGGGAGGGGGUCGUCUGUGUCAGAAAGGGAAGUAGAAAGUGAUGGGGGUGAUUUUAGGACUGGGAGAGGGCAAAAGAUGAGGGACUUUGGAUUUGAUGAUGAUGAAGAGGAAGUUAUUCCUCCACUACAGGAGAAAUAUGUGAUGGAGGCCAGGCAGGUCAUUCGAGAUAUCUGCCAGAUGAGUUCUAGAGAAGAUGAAAACGAUGAAGCUGCAAGGAAAGCUGACAUUUAUUUGAAGGAUGAUGUUUUUCAGGUGAAGAAAACAAAUGAGAAGGAGACAUCAGGAGAGAGCAUUCAGGAUGAGGCAAGGAAAGAUCAAGGGGCUGAAUUCAAAAUCACAAAAGACAGGGAUAAACAUGAGAGGGAGAGAGAGAACAGGGAGAGGAGCGAGAGGGAUGGACAAAGUGUGCAGUUGGAGAAGUUAAACAACAGAGGCACAGAGUAUAGAGAGAAGGCAAAGAGACAGAACACAGAGACGGAGAGAGCCUUACCAAAGGGUGAAUCAGAGGAAAACAUGUUCUACGACCACUCUGUGGAUGAGCUCUCAGGCCAUGAGUCUAGUUUAACAGAUGAAGGAAUUGUAACAGAGCCAGAGACAGGCCCCAAUGACCCUACUGAGAGGUCAUUCCUGGGGUCAGCAGGAGUUAAUAUGGGGUCACAGGUUGCUAAGGAUGUGCUAGGGCAGCCAGUCACCAUAUGGAAGCAGUCAGCUCUCCAUGAGGCAGAAGGGUUUAAGAAGGAAAAAGAAGAAAUGACAGAGAAUGACAUGCAUUGUAAAAAUGGUCCAAAUGAAGUCAGUGUACCUCCCUCCUUGCCGAUUCCUGCCCUGAUUGUUGAGAGUGACAGUGACAAUGUGAACUCUACAAGCGAAGAAAUCAACGCUCCCAGCGCUGUGUCACAGAGGUCAGCGGGCGCCGCAGGGGGAGCUCUUGAUUCCCCUGCAACCCCAAGUGCUAUCCGCCGAAGACGCAAGUUCUCUCUCUCUGGUAAUAACAACACGGGCUCUGAUUCCAGUAAUGGCAGUAAUGCAGAAUCAACAACAGCAGCAGCUGGUGGAAAUGGAGAGUCCACGGUCUACCGCUCCCUCAGUGACCCCAUGCCUCAGCGGCGCUGUUCCUUGGCAGAAGAUGGGAACAACUUUUCCUCUGUAGACAGCAACCUGUUAGGAUCACUGUCAGUCAAAGGGGGAAGUGCUUCAGAGGCCUCUGCUGUGGUGGCUUCAUCAGAAUAUAAAGGAAGUGUGGCCAGCGACUUGUCUGUUUACAGCGAUGUUGGGCUCCGUGAUGAUAUCGUCGGUGACUACAGUGGGGUGAUAAGGAGCAUUGUGGCUGAGCCAGGUGCAAUGGACAAACUGAUGACAGAUGAUCACGGCAAUGGCAAAGCCCCGAAGAAGAAAUCAUUCAGUGACCCCAGUCGCCGUAGUGUUGCCCCUUUGCUCUCUCAGCAUGACCCCGAAUUCAAAAAUCCAACCAGAAGCACACAGCCAAUCAGUGAACUGGAUCAACCUGGCCAGAUCCCACCAUCCAGCAGUGAGCCCAUCCUGAGUGAGCAGAGAGAGGAACUGUGGGAGCCAGAAGUCAAACCUCAGUCAGCAUUGCUGACUCAGCCAUAUCACCAUACAAACAGCAGCAACAAAUUCAAGGUUCGUUCCCAAUCAGAAAGCAUCCACUCUGAAAACCUUGAUGAUGAAGAUGAUAAUGUAAUAGACCAGGGUGAAGAGGAGAAAGAGUUGCAAAAGUUGAACUUUGACCUCAAGCUAGCUGGUGUACUGUCCCCUAGAAUGGUUCGUCGGCCUGCAAAAAGGCGUCCCAACAGGCUGGCUCAGUUUUUUCCUCAUGAGGACCCAAUUGAGCCCCAAGAACUGGGGUCAGAGGAGCAGGAGGAUCAAAGCGACCCAAAUGAUCUCACCCCUCCUCUUCCCUCUCCCCUACUUCAUUCCAAACCUAAAACCAGACCCAAGCAUGUCCGCCAUGCGAGUGAACCAACCACAUUCAUACCAAUCUCCCCACCUCCUCAACUUCAAGCACUGAGGGAAGCAGACUGUCUCGCUGUUGGACCCACUACAGAGAUUCCCAUCUUAACCAAGCCUCCAGGAGAUGAGACCCCAUCACUGGAGGAUGUGACCCAGAAAUAUAUUCUGGAUCUGAGCACAGCUGAGGGGGACACUGAGGGCCAAGGGCCUCCUCCAGCGGCCAGGGAUGGAGCUGAAAGAUUGGUGUCAGCUUCAGAAGGGCACAGUGAGUCCAGCACCAGUGGAAUUACAAAAGCUGGACCACAGACGAAGAGCAUGGAGGACACUGCGUCCACAGCUUCACCACAGAGGACCAAACCCAGAGUGGAUAUGAGAAAACAUGUCAUGAUGACCCUCUUCGACACAGAGCAGUCAUAUGUGGAGUCACUACGCUCUCUCAUACAGGGCUACAUGCGUCCUCUCAAACAGCCAGACGGCGGCUCCAUAGUCGACCCUCUGCUCGUGGACGAGAUGUUUUACCAGAUCCCUGAGAUCCUGGAGCACCACGAGCACUUUCUGGAGCAAGUGGCCAACUGCGUCAGCCAAUGGAACGACAGACAGACCGUCGGAAACAUCCUCAUCCAAUCGUUCUCCAAAGAGGCUCUAGCUAAUAUGUAUUCAGCGUACAUUGACAACUUUCUCAAUGCCAAAGAUGCAGUGAGGAUUGCCAAGGAGGCCAAGCCAGCCUUUCACAAGUUUCUGGAGCAAAACAUGCGAGAGAACAAGGAGAAACAGGCUCUGGGGGAUCUGAUGAUCAAACCGGUCCAGAGGAUUCCUCGAUAUGAGCUGCUGGUUAAGGAUCUGCUGAAGCACACCUCAGAAGAUCACCCGGACCACUCGUACCUGCUGGACGCCCAGAGGGACAUCAAGCGGCUGGCAGAGAAGAUCAACAAGGGCCGUCGCUCGGCUGAGGAGGCAGAACGGGAGGCGAGGGUUAUCCAGGAGAUCGAGGCGCACAUAGAGGGAGUCGAACAUAUUCUCAACCCCCAGAGGAAGUUCUUGAGACAGGAAAUGGUCAUGGAGGCGAAAACUGUCGGAGGGAAAAAAGACCGUUCUCUUUUCCUCUUCAGCGAUCUGAUCAUCUGCACCACUCUCAAGAGGAAGUCCGGCUCAUUGAGACGCAGCUCCAUGAGCCUAUACUCAGCUGCGAGUAUGAUUGACACUUCCAGUAAAUACAAGUUCCUGUGGAAGCUUCCCCUGGAAGACGUGGAGGUGGUAAAAAGCUCAACUCAGGCAACCAACAAGGAGAGCAUCCAGAAGAUGAUCAGUCGACUAGACGAGGAUCUCGGCACUCUGGGUCAGAUCAGCAAACUUUCAGAGAACCUCAGCUUCCCGCACCAGUCCCUGGACGAGGUGAUAAAGGAUCUGAUGGCGUCUGUGCACAGGGAGCUGUCAGAGAAGCAGUGUCUGGCCUUCAGUAUGACCUGCCUGCCCACGAAGAUGGAGUUCACCACGGCCUCCGCUGAGAGCAGCUUUGUCUUUGAGUUCAGCUCACCGGACACACGGUCCCACUUUGAACAGGCUUUUGAAGAAGCCAAGAAGAAGCUAGCGAUGAAUAAAGACCAGUGGGAUCCAGAGUUUCUGAAGGCCAUUCCUAUCAUGAAGACACGUAGUGGGAUGCAGUUUUCAUGUGCGUCUCCCAGUCACAGCUGUCCCGACAGUGGCUGUGAAGUGUGGGUGUGUAACAGCGAUGGAUACGUUGGACAGGUGUGUCUGUUGAACAUUAAAGAUGAGCCCACAGUGGAGGCCUGCAUCGCUGUCUGCUCGGCAAGGAUCAUAUGUAUCGCUGCUGUACCGGGACUCAAGGGAAGGGAGCGUGGAUCAGAGGCCACCUUUGCUCCUACCUCCACAGCGCCUGGUCACACCCAGCAGCAGCACCUCCACAUAUCGAUCUCUCAUUCUUCUCUGGAGCUGACAGAGCAACCUGCAGUAUCAGGGGCGGAGCUUGUUCCUUUCGACAGUGAUGACACAGACGACGAGGACUCCCCCAGCCCUUCCUCCACUCUGCAGAGCCAGGCCAGUCACUCCACCGUAUCAUCCAGCUAUGGCAAUGACGAGGGUCCGAGCUCCAAGGACAUGGCUACAGAGACCACCAGCAGCGAGGAGGAGCAGGAGUUCCCUGUGGCCAGCUCCUAUGGGACUCAAGGGAUGAUGUUGGGGGUUGGAGGAGGAGGAGGUCGCACACACACGGAGAGCCCCAUGGACGGACGCGCCAUGCGCCGCUCCUCUCGGGGCUCGUUCACAAGGGCGAGCCUGGAAGACCUGCUCAGCAUCGACCCGGAGGCCUACCAGAGCUCAGUGUGGCUGGGCACUGAGGAUGGAUGCAUCCAUGUGUACCAAUCCUCAGACAACAUCCGGAACCGUAAAAACAGCAUGAAGAUGCAGCACUCAGCCUCCAUCCUCUGUAUACUGUAUUUGGAUAACAAAGUUUUUGUGUCCUUGGCCAAUGGAGAGGUGAUUGUCUAUCAAAGAGAAGCAGGUAGUUUCUGGGACCCUCAGUCCUCCCAGACAUUAGUUCUGGGCACACCAAGCAGCCCUGUCACCAAAAUGGUUCCUGUGGGAGGAAAGCUGUGGUGUGGCUCCCAGAACAGAGUCCUUAUUAUCAACACAACUACACUGGUACAAGAGCACUGGUUCCAGGUGGGUUCAGACAGCAGCCGGUGUGUGACCUGCUUGGUGGCGUACGGUCAGGGUGUGUGGUUGGCAUUGCAGGGCAGCGCUCAGGUCAAACUGUACCACACUCAGACCUUGGAGAGCCUGACAGAGGUGGACGUGGCGCCUGCUGUGCAUAAGAUGCUUGCAGGUGCAGAUGCAAUCAUCAGACAGCACAAGGCCGCCUGUCUGAGAAUCACAGCACUGCUGGCCUGUAAGGAUCUGCUUUGGAUCGGCACUAGUGCAGGGGUGGUCCUUACGCUGGCAAUCCCAACAGUGAGCUCAGGAACUGGGGCUGGGACACUGAAAACCCCCCUGUCGCCUAUGGGCUCAGCUCAUGGACACACAGGCCACGUUCGUUUCUUGACGUCAAUUGAACUACCAGAAGGGUUUGAUAUGAACUUCCCUCCUACAGUUGCUGACUCCACAGGGAACCAAUUGCAGAGCAGCAGCACAGUUGACGGGAAACUGCAAAGGCAUGACUCUGCACGCCGCCGAGCGUCUGCACACAUCCCUCCAAAAACCAACCAUCUAGUAAUCUCCGGUGGUGACGGCUAUGAGGACUUUAGACUGACCAAUAGCAGCGAAACAGUCGGACGGGAUGACAGUACCAACCAUCUUUUACUCUGGCGGGUCUGAGACCAUCAACACUGCACUUUGACCAACCCAUCAAAACAUCCCACUCGCCGGGGUGCAGCGCACAAGCUCCUGUCCUCCUACUCAAUCAGACUCCUCACUUUUUGGUGUUGUUGUUUUGGUCUUCUGCUCAAUCCAGCAGUUUCUAUGUGCAAGUUAUGGUUGUCAUGCUCCCUCCUGGAUACUCAGACCAAGACUUUUUUUGAUGUUUUUUGUUGCAGACGAUGUGCAUUUUCCUCACCAAGUGGUAUCUGUGCAUGUCUGUUUCUGCUUGUGUUGUCUGGAAAGGUGUUUUUAUAAUGAAGUCUAUACUGAAGGAGAAGAAGACUGUGAAGAGAAACUUUGACAAAUGCACACGUUCAGACUGAGAACAAGUGCAGAAAGACAGAAGAGGAGUUUGACUCUGCAGAAUGUCAAUGCACAGGAGUUUGACUUUGGACAUGAACCAUUUGCUCCAUCAUCACUUCAUCUUAGCCUGGCCUGCUUAAAUAAAGCUUCUUGAUGCUCAGAGGUACAGUUAAUGUAAUAAACAUACGUGAAAAUGUACGAAAGGAAACAAAGAUCAUGGUACCAAUGCAGACUGCAGUUUGAUGGAUAUUCUAAAGCUAGGCUUCAAGCUUUGCAGAAACAAUGGGUUGAUGUCUGUGUGCAAAGUAUUUUGCUGAUCUGAGACCUGAGAUCAGAUAGUCCUGCUAUGGUUGUAAUAAUAUCUGUUCAUGUAAGACUGCUAAAAUCAUCUUCACUCCUGUAGAGAAAGAGUUAUUAAGAGCCUCAUUGAAGUGCAAUAUGUUGCAGGGAUAUCCGACAGGACUAUAAACACACACUUUAAUGCACAGCCUUCACUCACUGAACAUAAAGACAUUAUUUUUACACAGAUAAACACGUUGUAUUUGAUUUUCUUAUUUAAGUUUUGCUGCACAGGUUCAGAUGACAUGAACACAGAUGAAACCCAUCUUUGGAGUUGAGCAGGAAACAAAGUGCAUUGGAGACAUUCCUCCUUAACAUGACUAUGCCAAAGCCUCGUUUGUGUUGAAGUUGUAACGUGAGGGAUCUGCAAAGGUUUCUUUUGCCCUGUGAUUUCAUUAAGUCGAGUGGAAAUCAGCAGGGGGGCUUCGUACUCUUCAAAGAUGAGUCCAGGCUGUGUGGUAGGAGAUUGCGAUAGUUUUGUACAGUAUUUAUGGUUUUUGUUUUUUAGUGCCUUCUUUUACAGCACUUAAUUUAUAGAAGAUGUAGCUUUCACUUUUUUUUGUUUUCAAGUUAAAGAACAGGGAGUACCUGGCUUGAUUAUUGAUUAAAGAGACAAACGGGCGUGUAGGGUUUAAGCAGGCAGACGUACACAGUUGGGGUUUCUAGUUCAGCCCACUUGUGAUAUGGUAAGAUAAGAAAUACAGACUUCUUGGAGUUGUACGACUCCAUAAAUGUUGGACACCCACCCUGAAAGGAGUGGAGCUGGAGGUUUGUUUUUGUAAUAGUAACUCUAUUCAUCUACUGACAGUUUGCUCCAGAUCCCUAAUCAAUCCCAAAGUUAAUAGUAUCAGAACCUCAUUCAUAACACAUCUUAAAGAGACGGAAAACACAGUGACUGUCUGGGGGCAAGAAUGUCACAUUGGUUUAAUAUUACAGUUAUUUUUCAGCUUAUUGCUGGUUGCAAUUUUGUUACAUGGAAAUAUAGUCCCAAGAUGUUUGGUUUUUACCAUGAAUGAACAAACCUACACCAACGCUGCUGCGUUCAGUAUUGAUUGUUGGAGAACAAGAUGAAAGUUGUUGGUAUGUGCAGCAGGCGAGCACACAAGAUAUAGAGUAGGUCAGAGGGACAAAUGCUGAGUGCCUGCACGUGCCUUCAGAGGGCUAAAAGUAAAGCCAAUUAAACAUACACACACAGAAUAAAAAAGUCAGGUCUCCCUUGUCUUGCAGCAGAUGUCUGGUGAAGUAAAAGGGUGUCUCUGACUUGUCCUUGCACGCACAUUGGCCUCAGCUUUGGGGGUUAAGCAGUGAUUGUCUUUAAUCCCUCCAAGCGUAAAAAAAAAACAUUGCACUUUGCUAGCCAUCUGGGCCCUUCACCUCAGAUUUCCCACUUUACAAACUCAUCCACAUUAGGUCAAUUCUCUUCUGCCAAAGCAGCUAACAGCUAAGAGGAUUUGCUGGUUGUUGUGAUAGUUUGCUAACUAGCCUGUGAUAUCCUCGCCUUGUGUGUGUCGACCUUACAGUCAGUGUGGACCCUCUACAAGUGACCUGUUAGCCCGUGAUAAUUCAGUUGAAGAUUGUUUAGGAACUGUAGUACAUUACAGGAAUAGUGAAGCAUGUUUGAAAAUACACUAAUUCAGGUUUUUUUUUGUUAAGAGUAAGGUGAAAAAAUUACUAUUAUUCUGUAUGGUCAAAAAUGAUGUAACAUCCGCCAUGAGCAGAUAGCUUAGCCUAGCAUAAUGACUCGCAAACAACUACCCUUGCUUUGUCAAAGGAAAUGUGGAAAAAUAACUAAAAUUAAAAUAUUGUAUUUGAUUGGUUUGCAUCAUGCCAUUUCUUCAUUCAAAUAAUAUUUAUUGUAUUGUUUGCAAAUGACAGCAAUCACUUUGCCUUUCUAGUCUUGACGCUAAGAUAAGCUAACCCACACUCACCAUAUUUUGAAAAUAGACAUGAGACACUCUUUUCAUCACAUUAUAGAAUAAACAGCGAGCAAGUUUAUUUCUAAAUGUUCAGUUAUUCCUGUAUGAAGUAGCGAAUGUUCUUACUGCCAGAGCUGCCAAGAGAGCUUCAAUGCUUUGUAUCUAUUGUGGGCUUGAGCAAAUGGAUCCUUCUCUGCAGUAUGAAGGUCAUAUAUAUCUGUGCUGUGGACACUGAAAAUGAUGAUCCCACAGAAAUACAUGAAAUUAUUGCAACCUCUUGAUACUGUCUAAUACAUUUGGAGCAGCUUGUACUAGACUGUGAGUUGGAAAGCAGAAAAUAACAUCAAUUGUGGGCCCCCAGCUACUGAUUUUAAAGUGUGUUUGCUAGCUUUAAGGUCCCUGGUUAGCACAAAACUACUACCAUACAGGUCUGUACAAUGACUGAAUAUUUAGUUUGGCGGCUCUGAUCAGGCAUUUCACAAAUUUUUAUCAUGGUUGGAAAGCUUUCAAAUAAGAUUUUCCAUUAGGAACCUGACAAAGUAUUUUCUUUACAAUACAUUUCUCUUUGGCAGUCUUUUACGUAUUAAAGAGUGAGAAAUCAUAUUUCAGCAAUUGCAUUUAAGAUUGUGAACCCAGUGUAUUGACAGCUAUACAACACCCACAUACGCGUACACGCCUUCCAAGUAAAACUCGACACUUUUUCAUGAGUAUAUAGAAAAUGAAGCCAUUGUGUAACAGUUUAAGGAAUGGAAAAUUGACACCAAAUUUUUCACCCUCACCUCUUCUUAUUUUCACUGUAACUCUCAGAAAUAUAACCCCUCCUGCCCGUAUGUGAAAGAAGUCUUUAUUGUUGUAAAUAUUGGUAUAUUUCCUUUUUCUGUAAAUAGUGCACCCAUGGUCCUCAAUUGUUGAUAUGAAUCUAAUGGCAUAUUUUUAUAUAUUUGUCUGUUUUAUUUUUUCUUUAAUCUUUUUUUUUGUAUUUUGUCCCACUUCUCCUUCUGGCAUGCGAAGUCAGUGAUGUCUAAAUUAUAUCUCUUUCAAAGCAAGAUGGCGUCUGUUGUUACCACAGCUAGCUGUGUAUGCUCCAAAGCGUUUGUUUUGUCUUGUUACAGAUGUCUACAGGAAGGGAAACAACCUGGUAGGUGUCCGCUGACCACCUGGUCACCAUGGCUCUGUUUAUCUCGGCCUCUGUUGGAAAUGGUUACAGUCUUACAGAUUUACUUCCUGUAUGUAGCUGUUAUUGUUUUGUCACUGUGGGUUCCUCUUUGUAAAUAAAUCAGAUCACUGGUG